AUGCCGGGUGCGUCCAAGGAGCAGACUUCCAAGUCUUCGACCGACCGCUCCCGGGCGCAAAUCGAACCCUUCGUCACCAAGGCCGCGAGUCCUGGCGGUAUUGGUCCGGAUACUAACCUAAGGCGCAGCGUGGGUGUGUCUAGGGCUGAUGAUGACGUUGCUGGUGGCAUGGGCGGCAAGGAAGCAAAAAGUAAGACUGAGAAUGCUGUAGGGGCCGACGACGAUACGCCACCGGCCCUCUCAGAAUCUCAGAUACAGCUGAAUCGAUACCGAGAGCGACUGGCACGAGACUUGGAGAAGCGCGAGAUGGCGACAAGAGGCUUGAUGGCGACGACCCCAGAGAAGAUGCGCGUGUCGCCAAUUCAGGAGGAAACUGGCAAUUCGCCGCGCACACAGGCUGGAAUCGCGGGCUUGGCAACGACAUUGUCCAAUUUAACAACAACGUCCACCGAAUCCGGGAACACCAUUCGCGGCGGGAUUACGCCCGGUCAUGUCGCAGGCACGCCCUCUUACCCCUUCCCGCGCAUGUACACGCCGGGGUACGGUCCCGGCGCGAUGAACCGACCAUUCGGGAAUAUGUCACCAACUGCCGCCGCCUUCAUGUCGCAGGGCAUGUCGUUCGAGGGUUUUGGUGCCGCUCAGGACAGAGUUAUGUCCGGUUCCUCGACACCCGCAUCGGCCCUGACCUUUCUCCCCGCUGGAGUUACUGGCCAAUUGGAGGGCGAUUUUCCGAGUCCAAACCUCUACGACCUGUCGCUGAUGCUCAAUGCCGAGCCGGGAAUGGACGCGUGGUGGAACACUGUCGUUCAGAUCAUGAGAGAUGUGUACAAAGCCGAGAGGGUGACACUCUCUGUGCCAGCUGACUCUACGGAUAUCGAGAACGUGCCCUGGGGCCAAAAAGCAACGUACAACGAGCACCAGGAAGAUGAUCUCAGCCUCGGAUACAUGGCGAGGGGAAGCAGCUUGAUACCAAGCAGCGCUGGCGAUAUUGGCUCAGAAGAAUCUCCUUUACCUGAAGACCAGGCACGACCUAGGCUGCUGUCUCGGCCCAGUCUGCAGACGCGGCACUCGUUCACGACAUACGAGGAGAACAGAGAACGAAAAGGGAACAGCACCGAAAGACUCUUGCCUUCACGCCGCCCCGCACAACUAGGCAGAAGCAAGAGCUACUUUCCGCCUGGCAAGGCGACAGAGGAUAGUGCUCAAGAGCCACUAGGCCCGGCAUUGAACCAGUCUGCUCUCGCUGAGCAUGAUGCCGAAGAGCAAAAUGUUCCGAGUUGGGAGGCUCCAAUCGGGGCUCACUCCGAAACCGAGGGCAGGGUGCUUCCUGUACUUCAAGCCCUAGAUUACGAGGCCGAUCCUCUUAUCGACCACGGCGGCGUGAUGCGUGUUCUUGAACGCGGCAAGGUUAUCGCGCUGACAAGAAGCUACCCCUACCUUCAGAAUUUGCCAGAGGAGGCGCCAACCAAGUCAAAAGUGACUGCCAAUACAACUUCGGCUGAGGCAGCAAGGAAAAAGCUGAAAAGGGGCAAGAUCGAAUCCGGCCAGAAGCUAUCAACGAUCUUUGGUGGUUCAAAUUCCUCCUGGAGUUCUAGCCGUAGUCACAGCGGUGACAAGCCAUCUAGCAUAAUUUCGCGACUUUCUGAGGACGAUCCACGCCCACCCACGCCAAAGUACGAAGAGUUCGAGCAGGCACCACCAUCUCCCUGGUCUCAGUCUCCGGCGCCUUCUCCCGCCGUGCGGGCAGAUCCGAAUGAAAAUCCUUUCUUCACUGAUGCCAUGGUCGACGAGGACUCUUUCAACCCUGAGUCUGCACCUGCAGACUACACAGGAAUGCAACCACCUGAAGCUAUUGGCGUGGACAACGCGUGGACCGUCCUUCACAUUCCGUUGACGCACCUGCUGCUCUCGAAACCUGUCCAUCCUUUCAAGCUUGACACCACUGUACUGGAGCAAAAGUCUCACUCUCGCAACCGUAGCGAGUCUCAGGACCCUUCUGGCGGCGGUGAAGAUGACGACGCCGUCUCUUCCUCGUGGCAGCGGAAAGAUAAGCCUGCGCCCAUCGCUAUCCUGUCGAUUCUCAGUCCCGUCAUCCCGUAUCCCUCAAACCUACGCCAUUCGUUGGAGUAUCUUGCCCCGCACCUAGCAACCUCCUUUUCUCUAUGUCGUCAUUACACGAAUUUGGAGACAGAGCUUGCUGGCCUCAACCGGCGUAGGCCUCAGACUGCUGGGUUUGGCGCGCUUGCUGCCGACGGCCGCCCCCUGGCCGACCCUACCAGCAUCGGCAAUCUAAGCUUCAUGGCUUCGGACGACAUGGCUGCCCAACGUUCGCUGGCGGGCAGUAUUACCAGUCCCAGCGAUUAUUCCGGCGUUUCCAAGAGUGCUGCUGGCUCCCCGCUCGGCACUCCUGGUUCAAUACACCAUGCCAUUGAUAAGAGUGGAUUUGCAACCAGCCCUGCGCAAGUUGGGGGAGACAGCUACUUCGGCACCAAGCAGAAGUCGGGCAACCCGAGGAUUGAGACAUCAUCUGCGAGCUCCCAGAGGGCGAGGAGGAGUUCAAAGGAGGAUUCGCCGAUGGACAAGCGCCAAGCUCGACUCUCCGCAUCGUACAAGCUACUUAAUAAGGAGCCUGCGCAGACGCCCGGGGAGAGCGAAGACUUGGUCGAGCUCAAUGUCGAAAGCCGAGUAUCGACACCGGGAGGUUCCAGGAGAGUGCUCUCCCACGAACUCAAAAAUUACCUGGAGGAAAUCGCGGUGCUCGAACCUCGACUCAAAUCAACUGACCAGAAGAGCUCGGAACAGGGCCACCACACCCUGCUGCAUUCCUACGGUGCCGACUUUGCGACGAGCUUCCAGUCGCUACCACCCAGCUCGAGCGUGGUCAGCAGGCCGGUGCCCCAUACCGCACCGACCCGAACCGGCUCGAUUACUGUCGGUCCAGUGGACAUGCCACCGCCAUCAGACCGUCUCAAGGGCCUCAUCCUAGACUCUCUACCUGCUCAUGUCUUUGUCUCGCUUCCGCAGUCGGGUGAAAUAGUCUGGGUGAAUAGUCGGUACCUAACGUAUCGCGGACAAACGGUCUCCGACUUAGCUGCCGACCCUUGGGGCAGCAUCCACCCGGACGACAGAGACGAAUAUCUCAAGGCAUGGAGUCAUUCCCUGCGAACUGGCGAGCAAUUCUCGAGAACUGUUCGCAUCAGACGCUUCGAUGGGGCCUACCGAUGGUUCUAUGCCCGUGCCGUUGCGUCUCGCGAUAAACGAGGGGUUAUGAUGCAGUUCCUCGGCUCUUACAUGGAUAUCCAUGACCAACAUAUUGCGGAACUCAAGGCUGCACGGCAAGAGGAAAUUGAGGCCUCGGAGGCAAAGCACAGGCUCUUAGCCAACCUCAUCCCUCAAAUCAUAUUCACUGCAACUGAAGACGAAGGUAUCACGUUUGCCAAUGAGCAGUGGCUUUCGUACACAGGGCAGAGCUUCGAAGACUGCCUCGGGCUGGGUUUCAUGGACUUCGUGCAUCCUGAGGAUCUGGCUAAAUGUCAAAUACCCACAGACCGACCACCAACACCGAUGCCGUCCAAAUUCGACCGUACAGGACAUCAGGAGCCAGUGCCGUCUGAGGCGACGUUGGCCAGCCUCAUAUCGGGCAAAACGCAAAUCCAGCUGGAAACAAACCUUCGAGGCAUCCACCAAGCACUGUCGCGGAAUAACAGCUCGAGUAGUAGCUCAGUCUACGAAAUGCCCACCGCUGAUCUCACGGCUUUGGCUAGGCAGGGCGUCAUCAAAGUGACAACCGACAGCAACGGCAGACUAUCAUACACUACGGAGGUGCGGUUGCGUUCCAAGAACGGAGAGUACAGGUGGCACCUAAUUCGUUGCGUCGAGAUCGACACUAUUGACUUUGGAAACGGGGCCAGCUCCUACUUUGGCUCGGCAACGGACAUCAACGACCACAAGCUGCUUGAAGCCAAACUCAAGGAGGCUAUGGAGUCUAAGAGUAGAUUCCUGAGCAACAUGUCGCACGAGAUUCGGACGCCACUCAUCGGCAUUUCGGGAAUGGUCAGCUUCCUACAAGACACAAUUCUCAAUGAAGAGCAGCGCGACUAUACCAACACCAUCCAGACGAGUGCCAACAGCCUCUUGAUGAUUAUCAACGACAUCCUAGAUUUGUCAAAGGUCGACGCCGGAAUGAUGAAGCUCAAGUAUGAAUGGUUCCACACGCGCUCCCUCAUUGAAGAUGUCAAUGAAUUGGUAUCCACCAUGGCUAUUGCAAAGAGACUUGAGCUUAAUUACAUUGUAGAGGAGGAUGUCCCGGCCUGGGUCAAGGGCGACAAGGUCCGCAUUCGCCAAGUCCUCCUAAACGUCAUUGGCAAUGCCAUCAAGUUCACUGCCGAGGGCGAGGUGUUUAGCCGGUGCAGGGUCUAUGCCACCAAAGAUUCGGCUCAGGACCAGAAAGAGAUCAUGCUCGAAUUCGCCAUCAUCGACACAGGGCGUGGUUUCUCACAGGAGGAGGCAGACCUCAUCUUCAAGCCGUUCAGUCAAAUAGAUGGGAGCAGUACCAGACAGCAUGGUGGAAGUGGUCUGGGGCUGGUUAUUUCAAGACAGUUGGUGGAGCUUCACGGAGGCAAGAUGGAAGGUAGCGCUGUCCCUGGCAAAGGCUCAACUUUCACCUUCACUGCCAGGUUUGCUUUACCGACAAAGGAGGAUCAUCCCGACGCGCCCCUGAGCCCAGAGAGCUUGCAUCCCAUCUCCAGGGUCACCCCAGACCUGACCAUCGUUCGUCGUUCAAAGAACGUGCCUUCACCCACGGUUGCAUCGACAGACAGCCCCAAGACCGAUACCGAGUUCACGUCGCCCGCUGUUGCUUCUAGUGGAAGUUCAGCCCCGUCAAUCCAGUCCAGCGUUUCUCGGGCUACAGAACUUACGUCCGUGUCUUCAAUCAAUGUUGGGCUUGUCCACUUCAGCGAAGCUGCAAGAGCAAGCGGUCAAGACCUGUCGCAGAUGAAGCUCGAGCUGCCCUCCAGCGAAUCCUCACCGGACAAGACACCCACACCGGAGACCUCCAAAUUUACCAAGCCCGAAGACUUGAAGCCUCCCAUGUACUCCAUCCUCAUCAUCUGCCCCCAGACCCAUAGCCGUGAGGCUACUACGCAACACAUUGAGAUGACGUUGCCAAAGGACGUACCCCAUCAAAUAACCGCACUAGACUCUACUGAAAAGGCACAAAAGUUGCUUGGGGGAGACGAGUCUGUCAAUUUCACCCAUAUUGUCCUCAACUUGCCGUCCCCAGAGGAGAUUAUCGGCCUCAUGGAGCAGAUCACCAAGACGACAACAAUCAGCAACACAACAAUCCUCAUUCUGUCAGACUCAGUCCAACGGCAAGCAGUGAUAAGGCUCGCGACAGAUACCAAGUAUGAGAAGCUUGUGUCGGAAAAUGCUGUCACCUUCAUCUACAAACCUGUCAAGCCGUCGAGGUUUGCUGUCAUUUUCGAUCCUGACAAGGUUCGCGAUUUGAGCGUCGACCGGAACCGCUCAACCGCGCAAAGGAUGGUUGAAACCCAGAAGGCGAGUUACCAGGAGAUUGGGAAACGUAUGGGCAACAAGGGGUAUAAGGUGCUCCUGGUUGAAGACAACCCUGUAAACCAAAAGGUUUUACAAAAGUACUUGAAGAAGGUCGGCGUGGAGGUCGAAGUGGCGGCCGACGGCGCCGAGUGCACCGAAAUGGUGUUUGGCCACGUCCAUAACUACUACUCCUUGAUACUUUGCGACUUGCAUAUGCCACGCAAGGAUGGCUACCAGGCCUGCCGAGAGAUUCGACAAUGGGAGAAAGAACAGGGCUUUAAGAAGUUGCCCAUCAUUGCGCUUUCGGCCAACGUCAUGUCCGACGUCCAGGACAAGUGCGUCGCCGCCGGUUUCAGCGACUACGUCACCAAGCCUGUCGAUUUCAUCGAUCUCAGCAGAGCCAUGUCCAGGUUCUUUUGA